GUUGUCCCAUUGUUCACUUUAUUUCUGGAAUACGUUUGUCAAGACUUUUGAAUAGAAGUUGUAAAGUAUUAAGUUUAUUGAAUAUUAAUAAACAACGUUAAAAACUAAAUCAUUAAAUAAAAAAGAGAGCUUUACAUCAGAUGCAGGUGAAAUUAAAAAUGUCUGUGGUAUAUAAAGUGGACCUUAAAAAAACGUGUAAAGGUGAGUAAACUACUUAGUAGUAUUAAGCUGGUUACAGCUUAUAUUUUCCCAUAUAUUUUGCAGUAUUCCCACAUAGGCUAUUUUUGGCUGUCCUCUCAAAAACAUUAUUUAGGAUAAUUACACUAUAAAGUAAAGUAUAGCAGCUGAAAAGCUGUACUAAAACUCCUGGAAGACAUUUAUAGUUUAAAACUUACAGAAACAAAACGCUAAAUUGAAUUCGCUUUCUCAAUAACCAAAAACAGAAAGUGGGUGUAUGAACAGUUCAAAUGAAUCGACUCGCUGAAACGAACUCUCCCACGCUACUAAGCAACGAGUCUAAACACAGCGUGCUGCUGUUGCCUGGAUACGCGUGUUUGGCUCUUUUCUAAAUGUAUUCGGAAGCUUAGCGUUGUAUCGCAAUGGCAGAAGACGCGCAAGAAGUCCCUCAGAUCGCAUUAGAGGCUGUUAUUGGUUUUAAUGGUCACGUGAUUUCUGGACUCAAAGUGCAUCCAGACAAAGAGCAUCUCAUUUAUCCUCUUGGCUGCACUGUUAUUAUCAAAAGUUUGAGAAGUGGGAAACAAACUUUCCUCCAUGGCCACACAAACAACGUCUCUUGCAUUUCUGUGUCCAAAAGCGGACGCUAUAUUGCAUCCGGACAGGUUACUUUCAUGGGCUUUAAGGCUGAUGUUAUUAUCUGGGACUAUGAGAAGAAGGAGAUUUAUGCCCGUCUUGUGCUUCAUAAAGCCAGAGUUGAAGAUCUAAGCUUCUCCCCAAAUGAUAAGUAUAUGGUAUCCUUGGGCGGACAGGAUGAUGGCAGCAUCGUAGUGUGGAACAUCGAGAGCAAGGAGGCUAUAUGUGGCAGUCCUGCUUCAGCACAGAGCGCUGGACACUGCCUCACCAUUAAGUACACCAAUCUGAAUGAUGAAAUCUUCGUCUCUGCUGGAAAUGGAACUCUGCGUGUGUGGGAGCUAGAUUUGCUCAACAGAAAGAUCCGGCCCACAGAAUGCCAGACUGGACAGCUCAAAAGAAUUGUCAAAUGUCUAGAGAUCCCAGAUGAUGAUAAUUAUUUCUACUGUGGAACUACUAGCGGAGAUAUUCUGAAAGUGAACCUGAAGACGAGGUUGCUCAACAGCUGCGGUCCUGUUAAACAAAAAUUCAGCAAGGGAGUGAACACUCUUAAAGUCCUGAAGACUGGUGAUAUUUUAGUUGGAUCGGGGGACGGGAUGUUGUCGUUGUGUUCAGGAGGGAAUUUCAAAACCAUUAAGAGUGUUCAGUUGGAGGGAGGGGUGACAUCGGUGACCCUGCGUGGAGACGGCCAUCAGUUUUAUGUCGGGACAGAAGCUGCACAGAUCUACAGUUUAGGCUACAUUGACUUCAAGCCGGAACUCAUUGCAACAAAUCAUAACAGCGCCGUAAAGGACGUGGCCUUUCCCUUUGGGACGUCAGAGCUGUUUGCCACUUGUUCACAGAACGAUAUACGAGUGUGGCAUACGGAGUCCUCUAAGGAGCUUCUGCGUAUCAUGGUUCCUAACAUAACGUGCAACGCGUUGGGCUUCAUGCAGGACGGCAGGAGCAUCUUCAGUGCUUGGAAUGAUGGGAAGAUUCGCGUGUUCACUCCAGAGAGUGGGAAGCUGAAGCUGAUCAUUCAUAAUGCCCACAGCAUGGGAGUUACUGCCAUAGCAGCGACCAAUGACUGCAAGAGGAUCGUCAGUGGAGGGGGAGAAGGACAGGUGAGAGUCUGGGAGAUAUUCCAAAACUCAUAUCGUCUCAUUGAGACCAUGAAGGAGCACAAAGCCACGGUUAACUGCAUCAAGAUCAAGAGUAACGACAAGGAGUGUGUGACAGCCAGCUCCGAUGGAGCCUGCAUCAUCUGGGACCUAGUGAGGUUCGUGAGGAAUCAAAUGGUCUUGUCCAACACCCUGUUCAGCGUUGUAUGUUACCACCCCGAGGAAUUCCAGAUCAUCACCAGUGGCACUGACAGAAAGAUUGGCUACUGGGAGGUGUAUGACGGUUCUGCAAUCAGAGAACUCGAGGGCUCCUUGUCUGGAGCUAUAAACGGCAUGCACAUUUCUGAUGAGGGAAAAUAUUUUGUGACUGGUGGAGAUGACAAAUUACUGAAGCUCUGGCACUAUUCUGACGGCGAAGUGACCCAUGUUGGCGUGGGGCACAGCGGAAGCAUCACAAACGUGAGGAUCUGUCCCAACAGCAGAUGCAUUGUGAGCACCAGUGCCGACGGAGCCAUCCUAAGGUGGAGAUACCCACGAACCCUAAACAGUGAAUAAGAUCACCUAAUGCAGUUCGGGUGUACAUCGCGUUGCAUUACUUCUUCUUGCAAAUGACUGUAUUGCAAAUUAGGUUAUGAAUUCUUACGAGAUUUAAACAGUACCGUUAAACAGUCGUUUUAUUGAAAUAAAGCAGCCUAGAGCCCCA